AUGUCAGACUUACCUUUUGAUGCUGGCCUACGCGUAAAAUGGAGCGGCUUAUUUGAGUUGGGACUUGAAAUCCCUAUAGGUGUGACACCCGAUAGAGCACAGCAAUUGGUUCGAGUCAGUGUACCAUUGCUGGAAUUUGACUUGCCAAAUCUGCAUUUCUUAUUGGUGACGACAGCCAUUGACGGAAAAGUCUUGAAUAAUCAAUGCUACUACUUAUCAGGGUACAUUGGAUUGAUUUUGGCGGAGGGCAACCUAAGGAUGCACCCUACCAAUGAAUGUUUUGGCACUCCUCAACCAUCGGGCUCUCCUCACCCGAGAUCUAGUAAAAUGGGUGUUGAGGCCCAAGGACGUAUUGCCCGUAUCUGGCGUCGGGAGGGGGUUAUUGAGAAUGAAGUGGCAUGGAUGCUGAUGCUUACUCAUACUGCAAGCAGAUUGACCAAACGCGGCUUGGUCGCCAAACAUUCGAUUUUGGAAACAUCGUUGAUGUUGAAGUCAUUACGUUAG